CUUCACUUGCCGCGCUCUUUGCUCUCCUGCGGUUUCCUAGUCCUCUUGCUGAAUCGUCUUCUUCGUACCUUUGAGCGGACAGGUCUAAUUGUCUCCGUGGUCCGGGGCCCCUCCAACCAUCACCCUGGAGGCGGCCGUGGAGCCUCGAGUCGCCAACAACUAAGGGUUUGAAACUUGCCUAUACGCACUACGAACAGUCGCCAUGAAACCUACCGAGAGAGACCAGUUCGCUCGGCGACACUCGUCUACUCUACAUUACCAAACUUUCGACACCCCGCCACCCAAAGGCCGAGGAAGGCCCACCUCGCGCCAGUCCGCAUCCUCCGAUGGCCAGUCGAACCACCCGCAGAGCGACCCGCACGAUGACCACCCGCCGUCACACUCCCCGCUACCCAGGAUGCAAAUGGCGGUGCUGGCGAUGAUCUCGCUGUGCGAACAGACGGCCUUCAAUUCCGUCAGCCCCUACUUGCCCGACAUGGCGUCUUCGUUCCCCGAGGUGGAACCACGGAUGGUUGGGAUUUACGUGGGGACAAUCGCGACCGCGUUCGCCAUCGCGCAGUUCGUCACCAACUACUUCUGGGGCUGGCUGUCUGAUCGGGUGGGCCGCAAGCCCGUCAUCCUCCUGGGGACCAUCCUCACGGCUGUGGCCUUUGUCGGGUGGGGCUUCUGCAGGACGUUGACACAGGCCAUUGCGGUCCAGGCCUUGAUGGGAAUCGUGAAUGGCAACCAGGGAUUGGUGUCUACGUGUCUGGGUGAGAUCACGGACCGGAGCAACCAGUCCCAAGCCUUCACCUAUCUUCCCGUUCUCUACGGGAUCGGGGCCAUCACGGGGCCCCUCCUGGGAGGCUUGCUCAUUUUCCCUAAUCUGCCGUGGGGAAGCCACGCGCCGAAUCCGUACCCGUAUCUCGCCCCCAAUCUGGUGGUGGCGGGGAUGCUCGUGGUCGACUUUGUCUUGACGGCGAUCUUUAUGGAGGAAUGCCUGGAUGAUGCCGAAGCCUUCCCGAAAUUGCUCCACGAGAGGGUGCACGCCCUCUAUUCGUGGAUCUGGCAAUUCGUCAGCUACGCGAAGCGGGCGCGAUUCGUGGAGCCGCCGCACAUCGCCGGCUAUCGACCGAUGCGAGCGUCCGACGAAGCCGGCUCCGAUCACGACAGUGAGCUAGACUCGGCGUCCGAGGCAUCCAACCCGCAAGACACGCCCCGCGAGUCCCUAACCAGCAGCGAGAUCCUCAACCGCGACACUGUCCUGCUCCUCGCAACGUAUCUGAUCUUCGCGCUUUGCAACGUCGCCUUCAGCGCGCUCUUCCCCAUCUUCUCGCAGGCAGCUCCCCCAACCGGCCGUGGCUUGACGCCCCAGGAGAUCGGCCUCGCGCAGGGGUUUUCCGGGCUCGUGACCAUCCUUUUCCAGGUCUGCCUGUUCGGCAAGCUGCGCGAGAAGAUGGGCAACCGCUGGUCCUAUCGGAUGGGGCUCCUGGGAUUCGUCAUCUCCUUUAUAUUGAUGCCGUUCAUCGGCUACAAGGGCCAGGACGGUAAAGCCGGCCAUAUCACGGCCAAGACCGUCUGGAUGGCAGUCGAGCUCUGUGUCGUAUUGCUCAUCAAGACCAUCGCGUCCGUGGGCGGUCUAACCAGUGCUCUCUUAUUGAUCACAAACUCCGCCCCCGACCACGCCGUCCUUGGCGCGCUGAACGGCCUCGCCCAGACCCUCUCCGCCGCCGGCCGCGCCGUGGGUCCCUUCCUCUCAGGCGGUCUCUUCUCCCUCGCGACGCGCAUCAAAAAGGGCGAAGCCCUCGCCUUCGGCGUCUUCGCUGUCGUAUCCUUCGUCGGGUUCGUCAUGAGCUUCGGCAUCCGCAGCCGGUCCCUCGAAGCGGACGGCUAUGAGAGCGGCAGCGAUAGCGAUAACUAUAAAUCCGACGACGACGACGAAAACGAAGCCCCGGCUCCGUGAUGGAUCAUGUAUCACGCAAGCAAUCUAUCAAUUAUUCUGUUAUAUACUUAUAUACCAGGGGAUGAUAGAUCAGACACACCGAUUGGGGUCUAAGAUGGGGGGGUAGUAGCAGUAACGUUUACGACUUUCGACGAGAUUUACGUUCUUUUGUUUGUGCCGAAAGGCAUUUACUUUUCUUUUUCUUUUUCUCUUCUUCUUCUUCUUCUCCUCUUCCCUUCCUUUCCUUUCAUCGUUCUUUCUUUUCAGGAGGUGGAGGUUCUGGUUUACGAUCCUCCUCUCCGUGCACGAGGAGAUUUUGCAUAACCGGUGUUUAGAAUUUGUAUUUUAUAAACUUUUUGCCCUUUACUCUUCCCCCUCCUUUCCCCCCCUCUAUCUCUCCAUCUUGUAUCCUCUCCCUUUCUUAUACUCAAACCCAGGGGAAAGAAACAGACGACACAAAAAAAAGACGAAAGAAAGAAAGAUAGACAAAAAAAUCCUCGAGACGAGACAAGACAGGCUCAGCGAACCAACCCGACUAACCGCCUCUAUAAAACGAAACAAAUUCACGAAAACAAUGUUGAAAUAAGAAACAAAAGCAGUGUACAGUGAUAGAGAAUACACUACCAACUUGUCUUGUGUGUGCCAUGUACAAAUGAAAAGAGAAGAAAGAGCAAGAAGGCAGCUGGACGGAAGGGAUGGAAGGGCAAGCUUCCGUGUAUUGAUACCUACUUACUUACCUGCAUACCUUAGUUUG